GUCAGAUGUAUUCCCCGUAUCUUGAUGCAUGUAGGCCACAUUUUUAUUUUUGUUUUCAAGAGAAUAUAAAGUGCCAUUUUUUAGCGUCGCCUGAAAGACAAGCGCACGUUACCAAAUGAUCUGAUUCUACGUAUCUCAACAGUAAACUACUCUCUUCAUUAUGGAUCACAAAGCUAAACACAGCCUGAAGUUAAUAGACCAAAUCAACAAAAUGAAGGAGAUGGACGAACUAACUGACGUCAUCCUGAUCGCGGAGGGGGUGAGCUUCCCUUGCCACCGGCUCAUCCUGUCUGUGUUCAGCCCCUAUUUCAAAGCCAUGUUUACCUGCGGGCUGCAGGAGUGCAGCAGGAAGGAGGUGCAGCUUUUCGACACCUCGGCGGAGAGUUUAUCUGUCAUCCUAAACUAUAUGUACAACUCGGAGCUACACCUUACCAAUUCCAACGUGCAGUAUGUCAGCACUACGGCCUUCAUGCUUCAAAUGGACGACACAUUCAAAACCUGCCAGAACUACAUGAUGGAUCACAUGGAUGCCUCCAACUGUGUCGGGGUUUACCAUUUUGCCAAGCAGCUUGGUGCUGAGGAACUUGCAGAUCAGGCUAAAAAGUACCUGGACAAGCACUUUGCUGAGGUGUGCUUGCAGGAAGAGAUACUGGACAUCGAACCCCACCAGCUGUUGACUCUGAUCACAUCUGACAACCUUAAUGUUUCCCGGGAAGAGAGCAUAUUGGACGUGGUCCUCCGUUGGAUGAACCACAGCAGAAAAACGCGAGCCGAGCAUCUUCCAGCCCUUCUGAAGCAAGUGAGGCUGGUUCUGGUGAGCCCAGCGUUCCUCAAGGAGGCCAGGAAGAGAAACACUGCCCUGCUGUGUAACUCUGAAUGCCACAGCAUGAUCGAUGAUGCAUUGGAGACCAUCCAGACGGCAACCCGGCCUCACUCUCUCAAGCUGCGAUACGGGAUGGAGACGACAGACCUUCUGCUCUGUAUUGGCAACAAUGGCUUUGGUAUAAAAUCCAGACAUGGAAACUAUUCUGAUGCCAGCUUCUGUUACGCUCCCACGACAAAGAGGACUUACUUUAUGACUUCUCCACGAUACGGGGACGCUCUGGGUUAUGUCUGCACUGGAGUUGUGACUGAGAACGAUGACAUAGUAGUUGCUGGAGAAGCUGGAGUGCGGAAAAUGUCUAGGCAGAAGACAAGGGAUGUGGAGAUUUGUAGGUACGGGAUCAAAUCGAGAGGCUGUUGGGAAAAACUGUGCUCUGCUGAAUUCAGAGAGCUGUACGCUUUGGGCACUGUGCACAACACGCUCUACCUCCUCGGCGGUCAGAUGAAGCUGAAGAACCGCUUUGUGGUCACAAACAGCGUAGACAAGUUAUCCUUGGAGGGGAACCAGUGGAGAAGCUCCCCUCCUUUGCCUGUGCCGUUAGCGUGCCAUGCCGUGGUCACACUUAACAGCAAACUUUACGUCUUUGGAGGAUGGACUCCACAGACAGAUCAUCCGGACGACGAGCCAGAUCGGUUGAACAAUCGCAUGUUUCAGUUCGACCCUGGCAGAGACAAGUGGACGGAGUGCAGCCCCAUGAAAUACUCCAAGUACCGCUUCAGCUCGGCCGUUGUCAACAGCGAGAUUUAUGUCUUGGGUGGUAUAGGGUGCCUCGGUGCUGACCGUGGUCAAGCGAGAAGAUGUCUUGAUAACGUGGAGAUUUACAACCCCGACGGAGACUUCUGGAGGGCAGGCCCUGAAAUGCCCUUGCCCCUUCUCUCCCUCCGAACCAAUGCUACCAGCGCGGGCGUGGUCGAAGGCAAGCUGUACGUCUGUGGGGGCUAUCAUGGGGCAGAUCGCCAAGAGGUCAUUAUCAAAGAUAUCCUGGAGUUGGACCCCUGGAAUAACCAAUGGAACGUGGUGGCACACAAUGCCCUCAUGCAUGACAGCUAUGAUGUCUGCCUCGUGGCCAGACUGAACCCUAGAGAUCUGAUCCCUCCCCCCUCAGACCUGUUGGAUGAGUGAGCAAUGGGGUGGGCUGUCCAUCACUGUAGAGGGUGGUUUUAUAAAAUAUACUUUAGAUAUGAGGAAAUCAUCCCAAAUGGAAGAUGCAUUGUUCACUGUUUAACUAUCUGAUAAAGUGUGAUUGCUUUCCUGUGGAUUUUACUCUGGGGGGGUGGGGGGGUGGGUUAGGACGAUGCCAACCCCUUUUAAUAUUUUGGAGUACUAGUUACUAGCUUACCUCAUAAUGUAGCAGGGGUCUUAAACCUCAACAGAUGGCAGUAACAUGAGCCUUGUUAGCGCAGCAUGCUAACUUACUUUCUUGGCAAGCCUUUUACUUGGGUUUGAUGGUCUUGGCUUUGCCUGCAGGCUGGAAACCACCAUACAAUCUGUCAGACUCGGCUUGAGUGAGACACUGGACCGAGUGGCAGGAGGAUCAGGUCAGGACUGAGGGAAGCUCUUUGCCAAUACCUCCCAGAGAGGAAGCUGUUCAGAUUUCCUACAAACAUUGCAUUCAUGUAACUCUUCAAAAAGAAUACAGUGCAUUUAUUUUAUGAUUCGUUUAAAAAUCACACCAUUUGCCAUUGUUUUAAAUAAUCACAUCACGUUGGCAAUGAGUCUCCCUCCUUUGGUCUUGAUCUUGCAUUCUGAGUAAUAUUAUGUCUGAAUAGUGUAUUAAGAACUAUUGGAAGAUGUGAUCUAAUUGGACGUUUUUAACCAAUGUAUUUUCAAGUGCAUAGAGCUAACAAGUUGACUCCAGGAGACCCUGCUACUAAGCAUUGUCAUCAUUUCUUAGGUCUCACAGGUACCUGUAGAAAAGAUGCACAUUAAGGUAAAGGUGAAUUAGAUAUUAGUGUAGAAAAUGCAUCAAUUGCUCCUUGCAGGUAUUUUAAUGCUACACAUCUGGAUUACCACAUUCUACUGCACUGCAGUGUGUAUGAAGUCACAGUAAAAACAUAAAAGAAAAGCAGCAUCUGUUAAAUAGAAUGUGCUUAUGUGAAGUAUCAGGGAGUUAAAGUUUUUGCAAAAGGAAAUAAAUGGCACCCAUUUUGGUAGAUUUUUCUAUUUAAUUUUAAUAGCUAUGUGAUGGGAUACUAUCCCAACACCCAAGAAGAGUCAAGUCAAAAGUUGCUUUUUUUUUUUUUCCUUUUACAAGAACUCAAACGCCCAGAAGCAACUUUUUGUAUUUUCAAAGUGAACUGUGCUUCUUCAUGAUUGGAAAUUCAGCAAUGAAAGGAGUAAGGCGUUUGACAAUUUUGUGUUCACUAAUAGCUAUGAAGAAUUACAGCUCAAAGUGAAAUACACGCUAGCCAUAAUGUGUGUCAAAGAGGAAAACGUAAGAUCUACAGGGUUAUAGUAACACAUAUUGAGUAAGAAAAUCUGGAAUUAUUACAUCAGCUCUGUGUAGAGUAUUUUCGGUUAACCAACAAUCACACGCUUCUGAUUAAUUUCACUUUGUGUGUUUCAUUCUGCCAGAGGUAACUUGCAAUCUGCUCCCUUACAGACGUGAGCAGCUGAGAGAUGGCACUGUCUGUCAGCAGGCCUGUUCUCAGCUGCAGUACAAACUCUGUUUCCACAGCCAUUCCAAUUGAAUCUCGCCCAUCAAUCAGAACGCCAUUCAGAACUUCAUCCAAGAAUUCCAUGUCUCAGUAGCUUGGGUCUUUCUGCAGCAGCCCUUGGAAGAUUGCAUUUUAUUCAGCUCACCUGGAGGAAGGUAGACUGUGUAGCGCUGAACACCCACAGAUGUUCUCUGUUUAACUGUAACUGUUGUCUCUGCUACUGGGUCUGGUUAAGUGCGGAGGUGGUUCCUAUAAUUCUUAUUUGGGACAGGAUUUUUUUGGCAUUGUGCUCUCUUUCGCUUUCUUGCUAAUAUUUUGGUGUUUGUUGUAGCCUAAUAUUAUAUAUUCUGGGAAAACAUCACAUCAUUCUACAGUUACAGACAAAAGUUUUGCAUCAUCCUAUAGAAUUAACUCAUUUUGUUUCAUAAAGUCGAAUGAAACCUGUUGAAUAAUGUUAUGUUAACAUAUUGAAAUACAUACCGCUUUGUGGUUUUCUAUAUACUGACAAUACUCACAAUUAAAAAAUUGACAUUUUGAAAUUUAACAUGAAAUACUGCAU